AAUAAAGCGAAGAAGGGAGAAGAUCAGACAUAGUUUAUUGACACUUUAGGCCUAUUAGGCCUUCUGGUCGACAAAUUCAGUGAGUGUAUAAAGAUUCACCAUGGGGACCUUUAAGACACAGAUGUUAUGGGAGGCCAUCAGAAAAGGAGACCUGACUGGAACGAUAGGUCUCUUGGAGAGUGGGAACAUCAAUCUGGAAGAGCGGGACAGUAAUGGCCAGACGUUCCUGAUGUUGGCCUGUGAAUUUGGAGAACUCAACAUUGUCCGGGAACUCUUGGAGGCCCAUGUGGACCCUAAUGCAGUGGACAUGGAUAACUGGAGUGCCUUGCUCUACAGUGCUAAGGAGGGGCACCUUGAAAUUGUCAUUGAGCUGUUGGAGAGAGGGGCAGACAUUGAGCACAAAGAUCUGUGUAGCUGGACAGCCCUGAUGUGGGCAUCCUACAAAGGGAGAUAUCUGGUGGUCCAGGAACUCCUGGAGAGGGGAGCUAACUGCAACAUCAAAGCGGAGAUGAACAUGACAUGUUUGGCCUGGGCUGCUGGUCGUGGACACACUGAUGUAGUCAAGAUCCUGAUACAGAAGGGGGCCAAAGUCAACACUCCAGAUAAAUAUGGUACAACACCUUUGAUUUGGGCCUGCAGAAAGGGAUACCUGGAGAUUGUGGAAUCUCUGCUGACUGAAGGGGCAAACACCGAUGUGGUGGGAAUGAAUUCUUGGACAGCUCUGUUGGUGGCGGCACGGGGUGGGUUCACUGAGGUGGUGCAUCAGCUGUUAGACUACGACCCCAAUGUCAACGCUGUCGACAAGGAUGGUUUCACCUCAUUGACAAUAGCAGCCAAGGAAGGCUACAAUGAAAUAGCCCAUGACCUGCUCUCCAAAGGGGCCUAUGUCAACAUCAAAGACAGGGCAGGGGACACUAUCCUGAUACAUGCAGUAAAAGGCGGCCAUAUUGAAGUUGUUCGAGCAUUGAUUGAUAAGUAUGCUGAUGUGGAUGAAAUUGGUGCUGAAGGUAAAACAGCUUUGUACUGGGCUGUAGAGAAAGGCUAUGUGGAAAUCUGUAAACUGCUGCUGAGUAAUGAUCCAGACCUGGAGAUAGCUAACAAGGAUGAAGACACCGCCCUGCUGAGAGCUGUCAGAAGUCGCAAUGAGCAGUGUGUCAGGUUGCUGCUGGACAAAGGAGCCAGGGUCGGGGCUGUAGACAAGAGAGGUGACACUGCCCUCCACAUUUCACUGAGGGCCAGAAGCAAGCGAAUCACAGAGCUGCUUCUGCGUAACCCUAGAAACAGUCGUCUGCUGUACAGACCCAACAAGGCCGGAGAGACCCCCUACAACAUCGACGCCUACCACCAGAAAGGGAUCCUCACCCAGAUAUUUGGUCACAGGAACUUGAAUGCCAAUGAUGGGGAGAACUUGCUGGGUUAUGAGGUGUACAGCAGUGCCCUGGCGGACAUUCUGAGUGAGCCCUCUCUGAACACACCCAUCACUGUGGGGCUGUACGCCAAGUGGGGGAGUGGCAAGUCCUUCCUCCUUAGCAAACUUCAGAAGGAGAUGAAAAUGUUUACACGAGCCAACAAGGAGGAACACUUCACUUUCUGCUGGACGUUGUUUAUCAUUCUCCUACUGCUGAACAACAUUGUGGGUCUCACUCUGGCCAUGACUGUGGGGUGGGAAGUUGGCCUAGGGGUGGGGCUGGGACUCUUCCCCGUGAAUUAUGCAUCCUUGGGAGUUUUGCACCUGUUGUGUCAUCGCUACCACCUGAAGUAUGCUAACCGACUGAGUCUGCUGCUGGGAAGGAAGCUACAGGUGACCACUUCUUUGUUACAGGUGCUUUUCAUCAACUCCAAACAUAUGUCGGCAUCCUCCAAAUACAUGGAACCCACUGUCAAGUUCCUGUUCUCUGAGGGCACAAAGCUUACAAGUGUUGGAGGAGAGAAGGCACUAGCAGCAAUGAUAGGAACCUUGGGGGAGGCGCUGGAACGGGAGUAUGGGUCAGUUGUGGCCCGCCUCUUCCGUGUGUUCAAACCUCACCCCGACAAGCCGUACACUGGGCGGUUUAAGACUCUGUGCUGUGUUCCCUACUUUGUGAUCGUUUACCUGGUUUUCCUGGCACUGGAGAUAGGAAUUUUCCUCCUGGUCUCCCACUUUGUCUUCAAACAGUUCACCUAUGAUGAUCCGAUCAACACCAAUACAACAACAGUGUCUGUCUCACACAACCAGGUGGAAGAGUACCCUGCAUUGUUUGGCGUCCUCUUUACCAUCGCUAUCAUUGUCGGGUUAGCAAUAAUAGGUAACAUCUAUACCUGGGGGCAGGCCAUCCUUGCCUUGCUUUCUUCACAGAGAAGACGCAUUAUGAAAGCUGCAGACAGAGUGGACAAGAUUAGGGUGGAUGGUUUGAUGCACAUCUUGAAGUACGAGGUGGAUCUGAUGGCCAAGAUGGUGACCUUCAUGGAUAAGUUUACGGACAGCCAGACGCGACUGGUGGUCAUUGUGGACGGUCUCGACAGUUGCGAGCAGGACAAAGUCCUGCAGGUUCUUGACAUCAUCAAGGCUCUCUUCUCCGAUGAGGACACUCCCUUUAUAACUCUGCUGGCCAUUGAUCCACAUAUCAUCAUAAAGGGCAUCGAGAGUAACAUCAAAACAGCAUUCCAGGACUCUAACGUGAAUGGAUAUGAUUACCUGAGGAACGUGGUCCACCUGCCAUUCUAUCUACAGAGCCAGGGCAUGGCCAUCAAAAAGCAAGACAUGGCUAAGAGCUCCUCAACAUUUGAGGUGUCGGGAAAUCCGGAGUCCCCAUCCAAAUCCAGAAGGGCAUACCAGAACCAGGAAUCUGUAGUGUCGGGAUACUCUCUGGGUGAGAGUUCGGAGAAGUUGCGACAGGGACGACAUUCCAGUGUAAGUCACUCGUACACAUCGUCCAUGGAUCUAACGAAUACGGUCACCAAGACGGACUACUUCAGUGAUGUCAACCCGCGCAGCAUGAGAAGACUGAUGAACAUUGUAGCAAUCACAGGGCGGCUCCUGCGUGCCUACAAUAUUGACUUUAACUGGCACCGCCUGGCGGCCUGGAUCAACAUCAUUGAGCAGUGGCCGUACAGGGUUUCCUGGGUCAUUAUCCACUUCGAGGAGAAUGAGAUUUUAGACAAUAGCACAACACUAUUAUCUUUGUAUGAAAAAGUUGCUGAUAGAAUUCCUGUAUCAAGGGAAGUAGAUCCUUUAUUAGAAAUUGACAGAAACCCACGUAAAAUGGAGGCAUUUCUGGCCAGCAAACUGAGCAAUAAUACUCCACUGAACAUAAAGGAUCUCCGCAAAUUUUUGCCCUGUACCAUCAACCUUGAUCCAUACCUUCGGAAACUUAUAAGAGAGAUGCAGAAAAACAUUGACACUCUACCACAGAAUUUUCCCAUGGGUCCAAGGAACUUCCCACUUCCAGGGGGAGUACCCAUCACCCCAACAAAGCGGCAUGAAGCUCAGAGAAUGGCUCAGCCCCCAUAUAUCCCUGGAGCUUCUAUGUUUGCACCCCACAGAGUGGAUCACAUGGCAGGGAUGCAUGGCAUGGUGCCCUACAACAUGAUGCCCUAUUAUCAGCAAGGAUACAUGGAAGCUCCUUAUGUGCCUGGUAAUGCAGUGUCUUCAGGGAUGGAAAAAACAUCAAAACAGAGUCGGGGAGUGGAUCCAGUAUCUGCAAUCCAGGAUUACUCUGACCAGGCUUUGAGCACAAUGAGUGUGUCAGAGGUAUGUAGCCUGAUGGAGAAAAUCAAAGGCAUCAACCCGCUGCAGGUGAACACUUACAAGACCCGCAUGAUGGACAACAACAUCGGAGGCCUGGUCCUCUCAACCUGCGAUAUAGACGAACUCAGAGAGGUGCUGGCCAUGAAAUUUGGAGACUGGCAGCUGUUUAAAUCAGUUCUCAUUGGCCUUCGACAGAAAGAGAUAGAAAAUGAGGAAGUCAACCAGUUUGAGGCUGGUUUCAAUCAAAAUACAGAUGAGACAGAUGCUCCUUUUGAAUCGACCAACAGCCUGUUCACUGAUGGGAAGUUUGACAGAGCAGACAGAAGUCAGGAAGCCUACACGAGGACAGGGAAGGCAGAUCUACCAGCCCCCAGGAUGACCCGUGUUGACAGUGCCUACCAACAGGUGGCGUUUGAGACAGGGCUGCUGAGGGAAGCCAUGAUAAGCUUCACGGAGGAAGAGGAGGAUGAGGAACAAAUCAAACCAAACGUAUCGUUCUCCGUGGACACCAAGGGGGGUUCACUGGAGGACAUGGAUGAUGGCAUCAACUCUACAGAGAGCCAGCCCCUGCUGCGAGGAAGAAGUCAGAAGUUCAGCGACAGCCGGCGCAAGGAAUCCUUGGGAGUGUUGCAUGAGUCUGAAGAAUCAGAUAGUCCGCCAGCCAUGUUUUAUCUGGAUGAGACUGAAAAUGCUUCCCCCAGAGGAAGUGGAAGGGAAGGGGCUAGUUCUGGGAUUCCAAUGGUCACUUUUCACAGGGGAGAUCACUCAAAGGAGGAACAUGUUUAGUGAUGUUGAUUGUACUUUGUUAAUAUCUUUGAAUCAUUAUUACAUGUAUAAGGAGUUGACUCUAAAUUCAAAACAAAGCAUAAUUAUGUGACAAUGAUUUAUGUUGAUUUUAUUACUAAAAUCUCAUGGAACCUGUAAUGAGAAGCAUAAUAGGUGUGUUUCCGGGAAGGGCAAUUAAAGGUAGAAUACCUAUAAUAGUGAAGAGGCCCGUUCUUUAUUGGAUAGUUUGUAACUUUAACUGUUGUUUGUUAAAUGGAUUUGUUUGUUUAUAUAUACAUGUAUUGCAAAGACACAACUAGAUGUACAGAAAUCUAUAAAGCACCUGUAUGUGUAUCUUAGCUGCAAGACAGUAAUUCACAUUUCAAUGAAAAUUGGAUUGUUUCAGGACCCUCUCGAUACUGCACACUAAUUCCAUGGAACUUUAGGGUAGAGUGAUGUGUUAUUGAUGUAGAAUAGGGAAAAAACUGAAAUACUAAUUGUAUGGUAUGACUUGUAAUUGCUUUUUCUCUAUCUCUCUAUGUUUUGGUAUAUACUAGGUAUGGCAAUCUUUAACUGGUUAACCGAUUACUCGGUCGGAACGAUAGUAACCGGUUACAAAAUUAGUAAUCGGUUAGUCAUAUAAAAUAAAGAUGAUGUAUGUUUUAACGCAAUUUCAAGACAAGAUUUAUUUUUAGUCUUUCGAAACUUUUAUUUAUCCAAGAUAAUUUGAAGACCCUUAGGACCCCAGGGCUCAGCUUUUUGAGCAAAAUUGAUUUGUAGGUGUUAAUUAUAAUGUCUGUUAAAACAACAUGUCACUGCCUUUUUUGUUCAGCUUUUUAUAAAUCAUUAUAAAUUAUAUUAAAACACGACAUCAAUUUAUUACGUAGAAAAAGUAAUUGUCUAAAACAUGUUCUACAUUCAAAAGGAUAAUCAUUUCAAACGGAGGUUUAUACAACAUGUGAUGGACAGACUUUUUUGAGAAGUCGAACUGACUGCAAAUUGCAACAUGGUCACUAAAACUAUUUCAUGACUGUUUGUUUUUUGGUUUUUUUUUAAUAAUCAUCACGAGAUAUCAUUUAAACGAUUAGCAAUUCUGCAAUCGAUUGCCAUUCCUAGUAUAUACUGAUAUUUAAUGCUUAAGAUGUAAUCUUGUAUACUUGGAUUAAUUUGUUUCCAAGAGGAUUUUGAUUGCUGUCUUUCUUCUAGUCUGUAAUACAAUAUUAAGUAAAAUCAGUAGAUAUGUAUUAAAAUACAGAAGAUGUAGAUGUUCACUUUUGUAAUCAUUACAUGUAUGUAAAAUGGCACUACUGGUAGUAGUUGUGUUGCAAAGUAAUGGUAUACUAGUAUAUGUUGCCUAUUUAUAUCGCUGGUGCAUUUUUACAGUGUAUAGUUAAUCCUUUUAUUUGUCAUAAUGGAUACAACUGAUUGUACAGAACUGAGCAACGACCGGACUUAUGUUCUUUCACACAGAACUGUGGUAUGUAAACAUGUAUUUUAUUUAAUCAGGAUAACUGUGAUCGAUCAGUGGAGUAAUGUUAGGUUUUGUGUAUUCACCAAUAAAUCUUUUCAAUCAAAA